AUGAAGCAGCAGGCUGCUGUCUGUCACGUAUCGCCUGUAGAGUACACUGGUCUUGGUGAAUGGCGCCUGACCGCUGUUGCUGUUGAUUUUGCACCUUGGCAAACCCACAUCGUUCCCUCUGCCUCCAGUUCAGCAGCCACUACCGGUGAAAUUAAUCCUGACUUGAGUCCAUUUAGAAUCGAUGCUGUUUCAGGAAAUGUCGUCGCCCAAAAUGGCCUGCCUGGCUCGUCGGCUGAGCUUGAUUAUGAGACUCGACCUCGCUUCUGGCUCUCAAUUUCCUUCCGCCUUACCUUUCCCAGCAACAAGACUACUACUCAGCCACCCUCAGUGCCUUUGUUUGGCUAUACUGUAGUCCCUGUGGAUUUAGUAGACGUGAACGACUGUGCGCCGAUGUUUGACUCGACUAGGUAG